AUGGCUGCAUUUCAAGGACAGUUGUUCAGACUUUCAUUGGUAAUCCUGUUCUUUUCAGGGGUUUACUCGGUCAAUUUCUCCAUUAAAAACAAUUGUCCAUUCCAAAUCUGGCCUGGAACCUUAACGGGUUCCGGCAAUCAACUGUCAACAACUGGGUUUGAAUUAGCAUCUAGUUCGACCACAACAGCGACUGUUUCUCCACCGUGGUCCGGUCGAUUUUGGGCUCGAACCCACUGCUUCACAGGCGAGAGUGGAAAAUUCUCAUGUGGAACUGCCGACUGCGCCUCCGGCCAAGUCACAUGUAAUGGUGCGGGUGCAAUUCCACCAGCUAGCCUUGUCGAAUUCACCAUAGCCCCAAACGGUGGCCAAGAUUUCUUCGACAUCAGCCUCGUCGAUGGCUUCAACUUGCCCGUCUCGGUGGUUCCACUCGGCGGGUCGGGCGAGUGCGCAACGGUAACUUGUGUCGGAAAUGUAAAUUCUGUUUGUCCGCCGGAACUAGCCGUUAGAGGGCAAGAUGGAGCAGUGGUAGCAUGUAAAAGUGCUUGUAUGGCUUUCAACACGCCGGAAUUCUGCUGCAGUGGCGACCAUAAUCAGCCGCAAACUUGUCCGCCGACGAGAUACUCGAUGAUAUUCAAGAACCAGUGUCCUCAAGCUUAUAGUUAUGCUUACGAUGAUAGGACUAGUACUUUUACGUGCUCGGGUGGAGCCGAUUACGCCAUCACAUUUUGUCCUUAA